UAGUGGCCCAAACCUUGGAUCGCCUAUGGCUGCUGCUUUCACUUUGUUUGCCACUGCCUUGUACCACGUGGGUGUUUCUCGGUUCCGAAUCAUCGCCAAGCCCGAAUCUUUUUCACAUUCGCAUUCAGCUCCGUUCUCAUUCACUGGCAAAACAAAGAAACCGUGUAGAUUCCGAUUGAUUUCAAUGGCCGCGGAACCCAAAGAGUCACCUGCCAACAACCCCGGUCUUCUGGCAACCCCUGAUGAAGCUACUAAGGGAUACUUUAUGCAGCAGACUAUGUUUAGAAUCAAGGACCCAAAAGUCAGCCUGGAUUUUUAUUCUCGCGUCUUGGGAAUGUCGUUGCUUAAGAGGUUGGACUUUCCAGACAUGAAGUUUAGCCUGUACUUUUUGGGCUAUGAGGAUCUGGCAACAGCUCCAAGCAAUUCAGUUGAUAGAACUGUGUGGACUUUUGCUCAGAAGGCUACAAUAGAGUUGACACACAAUUGGGGUACUGAGAGUGAUCCAGAGUUCAAAGGAUACCACAAUGGCAAUUCAGAACCUCGUGGCUUUGGACACAUUGGCAUCACUGUUGAUGACACGUACAAGGCAUGUGAAAGAUUUGAGCGUUUGGGAAUUGAGUUUGUUAAGAAACCAGAUGAUGGGAAAAUGAAAGGAAUAGCAUUUAUAAAGGAUCCGGAUGGAUAUUGGAUUGAAAUCUUUGAUCUGAAAACAAUUGGAAAUGUAACUGCAGGUGCUGCUUAAGAAUAAGAUGGUGCCAUGCCAACUUCAGGUGGAAGGACUGCUUUUGCAUAGGGCGUUUCAUCUUGUCUUUGCUUACGUGUCCUUGGAAUUGGCUGUGAUGGUUUCUUAAGCAUUUUUGUGUUACUUGCACUUUUCGCGGAGUAUAGUCUGUGCUCAUGGGAGACUGCCAUUCUUUUCCCCCCCCUGAUUUCCUAGUUGCGAUUAUCUUUAUAAUGUUUGGAGAGUCGAAUGUAAGUUUUGAGACAAGAAACAUAUUUGAUAUAAUUUUACCAACUUUUUCCAAUA